AUGUCAAGAGAAAGGGAGAGACUUGAGGAGAUAGGGAAAAAGAUCAAAAGAGAAGCAGAUGCUUGGCCUCAUCAAAUGGCAGGAAUUAGAAGACAUACAUCCGGUCCUCUUGGAGCUCUCAAUACCAUUACUCCUUGUGCUGCAUGCAAACUUCUGCGCCGUAGAUGCGCUCAAGAAUGUCCUUUCUCACCUUAUUUCUCCCCACAUGAGCCUCUUAAGUUCGCAUCCGUCCACAAAAUCUUUGGAGCUAGCAACGUCUCCAAAAUGCUAAUGGAAGUACCCGAAGGCCAGAGAGCAGACACGGCGAAUAGCCUCGUGUAUGAAGCAAACGUGAGGCUAAGAGAUCCGGUGUACGGCUGCAUGGGAGCAAUCGCAGCUCUACAACAACAAGUUCAAGCUUUACAAGCCGAGCUUACAGCCGUACGAUCUGAGAUUCUCAAGUACAAGCAACGGGAAGCUGUGGCCACUUUGAUAGUACCUUCCAACUCCCAAGUCGCCGGAUAUCACAACUCUGGCGGCGUCUCCGUCAUUGCACCACCACCACAAACGCCGUCAACUCCACCACAACCUACGGCGGCUCAUCCUCCGCCUCCUCCAUCUUCUUGUGUUUACUCUCAACCAUCCACAAGAGCAAUAGAAUACGGAGACAUUGAAAGUGAGAACAACUCCUACUUCCGUUAAAAUUUGUUUGAAUUAUUCUACAAACAAACACAC